AUGAAGAUCGUAAUUCACGGAGCAGAGCUGGUGGGCUCUCCUGAUGCCUGUACACCUUUUGAAGCCCCAGAGUCUCUUAUGUUAAAGAUUUCUGCUAACAGCACUCAGCCUGCUUGCUGGUAUGCCAAACUCAGAUUCUUUCGUGAUCCUAGACCUUUUCCUCUUCCCUUGUCAUCACUUUUCAGCGAUGGAGGAAAUGUUGGUUGUGUUGAUAUAAUUAUUCAAAAAGCAUACCCUAUGCAGUGGAUGGAGAAGACAUCAUCUGGAUUAUACAUAUUUCACAAUGAAAGAGAAGAAGAAAAGGAAGCCACAAAAUAUGCAGAAGUCCAGCAAAAGAAACUGGAAACCCUAUUAACUACAAUUCAAGCAGAAAUUGAAGAGCACAAAGAAACUGUAAUAGAAUGAUGUAUACCACCAAGUGCACUAACAAGACAGCAAGUUCGUGCUCUGCAAGAUGGUGCAGAACUUUAUGAAGCUGUGAAGAAUGCACCAGACCCAAGUUACCCUGAGGGUUAUUUUAGUGAAGAGCAAUUAAGAGUCUUGAAUAAUCACAGACAGAUGUUGAAUGAUAAGAAGCAAGCCCAGAUGGAGGUGGAACUCAGGAAGGCUGUGGAGUCUGUCCAGCAAGGGGAACAGAUUUUACCAAGGGACGUGACACCUGUGUGGAAGCUGCGCGUCGUGAGUUAUGAGAGAAAGGAGAAAGAUUCAGUUCUGUUGAGUAUCUGGCGUCCAUCAUCAGAUUUAUAUUCCCUCUUAACAGAGGGCAAGAGAUACAGAAUCUAUCAUCUUGCAGCAUCAAAAUCUAAAAGUAAAUCCGAAAGAGCUAACAUACAGUUAACAGCAACAAAAAAAACUCAGUAUCAACAACUACCGGGGGCUUCCUAGAUGAAGUUACAAGUUUAUCAGCCAAGGGAGCAGCUUCGCUUCAACAAAUUAUUGGAUCCAGACUUCCAGCCACCUUGUUCUGAGCUGGACCUAAUAGGAUGUGUAGUUUCUGUUGUGAAAAAAAUAGGUCUUGCUCCUUUGGUCUAUUUGUCAGAUGAAUGCCAUAAUUUAUUGGCAAUAAAGUUUUGGAUAGAUCUUAAUGAAGACGUGAUUAAACCUCACAUGUUAAUUGCUGCAAGCAACCUCCAGUGGCGACCAGAGUCCAAAGCAGGAAUUCCUACUUUAUUUGCUGGAGAUUUUUCCAUAUUUUCUGCCAGUCCAAAGGAGGGCCAUUUUCAAGAGACAUUCCACAAAAUGAAAAAUGCUAUUGAGAAUAUUGAUAUAUUUUGCAAUGAUGCAGAAAACAAGCUUAUUCAUAUACUUAAUGCAAAUAAUCCCAAGUGGUUCACCCCAACUAAAGACUAUACUUCAGCACCACACACUGUUCAAACAGUCCUUGGUACAGGAAAUAAGCUUCUGAUGUCUUCUCCCAGUAGUGAGAUGAAUUAUCAAACUCCAUUAUCACUUUGUAAACUAAAAGGGAAGUCAGUCUCAACACCUGUAUCAGCCCAAAUGACUUCAAAAUCUUGUUGCAAAGAAGAGAGAUUGAUGACCCAAAAAACUGCAAAAAAGAGAAGAGCCUUGGAUUUCUUGAGUAGACUGCCUGUACCUCCACCUGUUAGUCCUAUUUGUACAUUUGUUUCUCCAGCUGCACAGAAGGCAUUUCAGCCACCACGGAGUUGCGGCACCAAAUAUGAAACACCUAUGAAGAAAAAAGAAUUGAAUUCUCCUCAGAUGACUCCACUUAAAAAAUUUAACAACAUUUCUCUUUUGGAAGGUGAUUCAAUAGCUGAUGAAGAACUUGCCCUGACAAAUACCCAAGCCCUUUCGUCUGGUUCAGCAGGAGAAAAUCAACUUACCUCUAUCAGUGACUCCACUAGGACUGCUCCCACUAGUCCAAAAGAUUAUCUCAGACUGAAAAGACCUUAUACUACAUCUGCAAUCAAAGAACAAGAGAAUUCCCCAGCCAGGACUGAAGAACAGGAGACUAAUAUGCAGGACACAAGUACAAUAAAAGCUAUAUCCAGGAGACUGCAAAGGUGA